AUGGAUCGUGUUGAAGGGGGCCUGGAGAAGUUCAGGGUCUUCAAGAAGGAUGACUUUGAGGCUGACUGGAUUAAGGUGACAGAACGCAGCUUUGGCCAGGUCUACAGAGUGAAACUCAAGCUUUGGAGGGAAAAGUGUGCCCUGAAAAGCUUCAAUACCACACUUACUGGCACCAGUCUCUACAGAAUGAUAGAGGAGGCAUCCAAGAUGGAGAAAGUGACAUUCAAGUACAUCGUGUCCGUCUACGGGGUGUGUAAUGACCCUCCCUCCAUGGUGAUGGAGUACAUGAGUAAUGGCUCCCUGGAUCGUCUCCUCACCAGCCACGUGUUGAUGUGGCCCAAGAAGUUCCAGAUGGUUCACGAGGUCACCAUGGGCAUGAACUUCCUUCACAGCAUGAACCCUCCACUUCUCCACCUGAACCUGAAGCCUUCAAACAUCCUUCUAGACGAUCACCUCCACAUCAAGAUUUCAGAUUUUGGCUUAAUUAAGUGGGAGGAGGCUGGGAACAAGAAGGAAUUCAUUGAAAAUUUGACUGCGAGAGGGAACAUUUUCUACAUACCUCCAGAGACAUUCACCCUGUCCCCUGAGCAUCCGGGAACCAAGUUCGAUGUUUACAGCUUCUCUAUAGUGAUGUGGGAAAUCCUGACCCAGAAGAGACCUUAUCAAGCUGGGAAACGUGAGUACAGUACAACGACAGUGCUGAUGAAGGUGUCAUCAGGUAGAAGGCCAGGCUUGGAAAAUAUCCCUGAUGACAAGCCACAAGAAUGUGAGCAGAUGAUCACAAUAAUGCAACAGUGCUGGGAUCAGGAUCCCAGAGAGAGGCCAGAUUUCUCAGACAUGAGCAACACCAGGGAUGACAUUCUCAAUAUUCUAUCAAGGAAAGACUUUGAAAACUUCAGACAGGCCCUUAGAAAGGAGCAUGUGUCUAUGCUCUUCAAAGACAACAACACUCUUCUCCACUACACAGUGGUUAGUGGUGACACAGAGAGUGUGAAGCAUGUUUUGAGUCUUGGUGCGGAGGUAAACUCACAGAGCGUCAGAGGAUACACCCCUCUCAUUGUGGCUGUGCUCCACAAGUUCCACGAGAUAUGCUCCUUGCUGACGGAGCACGAGGCAGACGUUAAACUUGGAGAUGGGGACCAGUGGACUCCUCUGCACUUUGCCGCUCAAAGCGACGACAGCAGAGUUGUCCGUCUGCUACUGGACAGUGGCGCCCAGCCUAGCGUUAAGGAGAAAGCCGGGUGGACGCCGCUUCACCUGGCCACUCAGAACGGCCACGAGAACGUCGUGCGUCUCCUCCUGACGCGGAUGGGGAGCGCCGACGAGCACGAGGAGGUCCACGGGAGGACGGCGCUCCACGUGGCGAGUGUGUACGGCCACCUCGCCAUCGCCAAGCUCCUGCUCAGUAAGGGAGUUGACCCCAACGGGACGGACCACUCCCUGACCACCGCUCUACACCUGGCAGCCGAGGAGGGCCACAACAGGGUAGCCAGGCAGCUGGUGACAGCUGGCGCAGAUGUCAACUCCCUGGACAGCCGGCACUACACCCCAUUACACUUCGCCGCCCUCAAGGGACACACGGGCAUCUGCAGGCUACUGUUGGGCAACGGGGCGAAUCCCGACCCCAGGACCCUCCAGGGUUGGACGCCCAUGCACUUGGCGGCGCUGAAGGGCCACGCGACCACCGUGCUGGAACUAGAAGCCCACCAGGGCUCUAUGGACCUGCCAGGAAAGGGUGGCUGGACACCCCUCCACUUGGCCUGCCACCACGGGCAAGAGGAAGUGGUGUCCAAGCUGCUGUCGGCCAAGGCCAAUCCCGACAUGGCAGAGGAUAGCGGCUGGACGGCGCUCCACUUGGCGUGUAACGGCGGCCUUUUCCCCAGUGUGCUCCAGCUCAUCUCGCAUCGGGCCAACGUCAACGCUCUGAACAAGAGCCAGGCCACCCCAUUACAUCUGGCUGCCCAGAACGGCAGUGUUCCCAUUAUCAAAGCCCUGCUAAUGAACGGGGCAGAGAGGAGUAGUAAGGACUCGACAGGCUGCACAGCCCUAUCCCUGGCCAGGAAGUGUCAGAAAGAGGAGGUAGUGCAGCUACUGGAGGACAGUUAG